UUCAGUUGCUGAUUGCUAUGGGAGAAGCAGAGCAUCCAUUGCUACGGCCGGCGCUGCCUCAGAACGCAUUAGAGCAGCAUCAGCAUCAGUGUCUGCUCAGAAGAACAUGUUUGGAAUCAAAGAAGAUUUGGCAAAUAGCAGGUCCCUCCAUCUUCAGUCGCCUUGCCAUGUUCUCCAUGACUGUUAUCACUCAGUCUUUCGCCGGCCACCUCGGUGAACUCAAUCUCGCCGCUAUUUCUAUUGCCUGUACCUUCUUUAUCUCAAUCAGCUUCGGCUUCUUGCUUGGCAUGGCGAGCGCAGUUGAGACCCUUUGUGGCCAAGCCUACGGGGCCAAACAAUACCACAUGUUGGGCAUUUAUAUGCAACGUUCCUGGAUAGUUCUGUUCCUAUCUUCAAUUUUGUUGCUGCCCAUGUUCAUUUUCGCCACGCCCAUAUUGAAGUUCCUUGGGCAACCCAAUGGAGUGGCGGAGCAAUCAGGUUUGGUGGCGAUUUGGUUGAUUCCGUUCCACUUGAGCUUCCCAUUUCUGUUUACUUUGCAGAGGUUCUUGCAAAGCCAGCUGAAGACCGCCGUCAUAGCAUGGGUUUCAGGGAUAGCUCUCGCAAUCCAUGCGUUUGUAAGCUGGGUUUUUGUUUACAAGAUGAAAGUUUCGAUUGUCGGGACUGCCCUUAUUCUUGAUUUCUCAUGGUGGGUGUCAGUCGUGGGUCUCUUGGGCUACGUUGUUUUUGGUGGGUGUCCACAAUCAUGGAAUGGUUUUUCUGUCGAAGCUUUUGUUGGUCUCUGGGAAUUUUUCAAACUCUCUGUGGCUUCUGGGGCCAUGCUCUUAUUGGAGAACUUCUACUACAGAUUGUUGGUUAUAAUGCCAGGAUAUAUGCACAACACCGAAGUUGCAGUUGAUGCUCUUUCCGUCUGUGUAACUAUCUAUGCUUGGGAAUCUAUGAUACCGCUAGGAUUCUUGGCUGCAACAGGGGUGCGUGUGUCAAAUGAGCUUGGAGCAGGCAAUGCAAAAGGUGCAAAAUUUGCAGCUUUGGUGUCAGUGUUGAAUACUUUAGUGGUGGGAUUUAUAUCAUGGCUGAUAAUUAUGAUGCUUCAUGAGAAGCUUGCCAUGAUCUUCACAACAAGCUUACCUGUUAUCAGAAUGUUCAAUGAGCUAGCAAUCUUGCUGGCUUUUACAAUUCUUCUGAACUGCUUGCAGCCAAUUCUUUCAGGAGUAGCAGUUGGAUGUGGUUGGCAAGCUCCAGUGGCUUAUAUAAACAUCGGUAGUUACUACAUUGUGGGGAUCCCUGUUGGGAUUCUCCUAGGCUGGUUGUUACCUUGGGGUCUUAUUGGUAUGUGGACUGGAAUGUUGAGUGGAACAAUCGUUCAAACAUUGAUUUUGACUGCUAUUACCACGAGAUGCGAUUGGGAAAAAGAGGUAUGCAAAGCGGGAAUUCUUGUCAGGAAUGAAGCGGCUCUCGCCCAAUAACAGCUGGAAAAAGUUGUAGUUUCUAUUAUGAACUAACCACAACCCCAUGCGUUGCAUGGGUUAGCCUAUUCAAUUAACACAUAUUUAUGAAAUGAUAAUAUAGUUUAGAUAAUUGUAAUCAUAUUAUGUGGCACGUGGUCAAGAAGGAAUUAAAGUGCUUCUUAACAAAGGUUAAUGUUUUACUGAUACUAGUCUUUGAACAUGCAAAUCCAAGCUUCUUUUUGCAUGUUGUGUUGAAUUCUUUUUACAUGGAAAUCUGUUUGUGCUGCUGAA